AUGGAGGAGAAGGAGCAGUCUACAAAAGGGCCUCAUUUUGUGGGGAAAAAAGAGGAACUGAUUGAAGCGAAGCGCUCUUUCAGAACGCUGGAGGGUCGGGAUAUACUGAUCAUCCACCAUCAGGGAGCCUUCUAUGCUAUGGAUUCAUAUUGUUAUCAUGCUGGGGGAAUGCUGCAGAAUGGAGACAUUGAGGACAUUGACGGCAAGCUGUGCAUAAUUUGUCCGAAGCACAAGUACAAGAUCUCUCUAGCCAAAGGGGAGUGCUUGUACAAGGGCACCGACCCCAGGGAAAAAACACCUGUUCCCAGAUGGUACUCCAAGGGUGUGAAGCAGCGGAUCCACACAGUCACUGAGACCAAUGGGGAAGUCUACGUCAAGCUCUCUGGGGACACAAAAUGGAUCGAGUCGGACUACUACCAGGGAGAAAAGGGCAAGGUGGAAAGGGCCAAAGCUGAGGCUGCUGAGAAGAAAAAGUCGUGACAGUGACACAGAUGGAUGCAGAUGGCAUCUCUAUAGUCUCUUUUUGUCUAACCUGGUCUCCUCCAAAUGACUGCAUCAUGACUGUAUGGAGAGGAUAUCAGAUAUUUAAUGACAUGAACCUAAUGCUCCACUUCAAGUAAUCAGCUGGCCUUGCAUGGCCUUAAAAUAGGUCUUGUUUUCAAAGAAAUUGGCAAGUAUUUUGAAGUUUUAAUUUAAUUUAAUUUAAUUUUAUUUGUUGCUUGCUAGUUGUAUUAUAUUUCCCAAAAAGUCAGGUCACAUAUUUCCAUGUUAUGUGGACUUUUCUUUCUCAAAACCAUCAUGUAGUUCACUAAAUAAACUUUUUUAAAAUUUGGA